AUGAUGAGUAAAACCCUCCCUUGGAACGCCAUCAACCAAAAGUACCAGGAGACGGUAAAGAGCGGCAAAGUCGGCCUGUAUCCGUAUAUGAGUUUGACCUCGAUAUGUACGGAAUAUCGUUUGGAUUGCUCGAGUGGGCCGAAGCAAACAUCGAACCGAACCACCGUCAUGACCUUACAUGAUACCCGCUAA